UUGAGGGACAAGAAUUCAGUGCCCAGGGGCAGAAAGGCAGCGGGAGGCGGGCACCAAAGGAUCAGCGCCUGGAAGGUGGACCCCGAGGAGCCAAGAGGACGUGGUCUCUCGCUCCAGCUCCUGGUCACCAUGCUACUGGCUGUGCUGCUGCUGCUGCUGCCCCUCCCAGACUCGUGGUCCGCCUGUGGGCGCCCACUGUACAUGCGCCUGCCGCCCAGCACCCUGCAAGUUCUGUCGGCGCAGGGAACACAGGCGUUGCAGGCGGCCCAGAGGAGUGCCCAGUGGGCAGUUAACCGAGUGGUGAUGGAGAUCCAGCACACUGCGCACGAAUGCACAGGACCUGGGCGCUCCAGGCCUCAAGCCUCCCUCCUCCAGGACCCACCUGAGCCAGGGCCGUGUGGGGAGAGGCGCCCUAGCACUGCCAACGUGACGCGGGCUCACGGCCGCAUAGUGGGGGGCAGCGCGGCGCCGCCCGGGGCCUGGCCCUGGCUGGUGAGGCUGCAGCUCGGCGGGCAGCCUCUGUGCGGCGGCGUCCUGGUGGCAGCGUCCUGGGUGCUCACGGCGGCGCACUGCUUUGCGGGCGCCCCGAAUGAGCUUCUGUGGACUGUGACGUUGGCCGAGGGGCCCCGGGGGGAGCAAGCGGAAGAAGUGCCGGUGAACCGCAUCCUGUCCCACCCCAAGUUUGACCCUCGAACCUUCCAUAACGACCUGGCCCUGGUGCAGCUGUGGACGCCGGUGAGCCCGGCGGGGCCGGCGCGCCCCGUGUGCCUCCCCCAGGAGCCCCAGGAGCCCCCCGCCGGCACCGCCUGCGCCAUCGCAGGCUGGGGGGCCCUCUUCGAAGACGGGCCUGAGGCUGAUGCAGUGAGGGAGGCCCGAGUUCCCCUGCUCAGCGCGGAUACUUGCCGAAGGGCCCUGGGACCCGGGCUGCGCCCCAGCACCAUGCUCUGUGCUGGUUACCUGGCGGGAGGCAUUGACUCGUGCCAGGGUGACUCUGGAGGCCCCCUAACCUGUUCUGAGCCCGGCCUCCACCCCAGGGAGGUCCUGUUUGGAGUCACCUCCUGGGGGGAUGGCUGCGGGGAGCCAGGGAAGCCCGGGGUCUACACCCGAGUGGCAGUGUUCAAGGACUGGCUCCAGGAGCAGAUGAGCGCCUCCUCCAGCCGCGAGCCCAGCUGCAGGGAACUUCUGGCCUGGGACCCGCCCGAGGAGCCGCUGGCAGACGCCACCCGGCUCUGCGCCUUCUACGCGCGCCUGUGCCCCGGGUCCGAGGGCGCCUGUGCGCGUCUGGCGCACCAGCAGUGUCUGCAGCGCCGGCGGCGAUGUGAGCUGCGCUCGCUGGCGCACACGCUGCUGGGCCUGCUGCGGAACGCCCAGGAGCUGCUCGGCCCGCGCCCGGGGCUGCGGCGCCUGGUCCCCGCCCUGGCUCGCCCAGCUCCCUCGUUCCGGGAGUCUGCCCGGCACCUCGUCCGCGAGCUGCGGCUGCACUCAGGAUCGCGCGCUGCCGGCACACGGUUCCCGAAGCGGAGGCCAGAGCAGCGCCGGGAAGCCACCGGCUGCCCUGGGCUGGAGCCCCUGCGCCAGAAGUUGGCCACCCUUCAGGGGGCUCAUGCCUGGAUCCUGCAGGUUCCCUCACAGCACCUGGCCAUGAACUUCCGUGAGGUCCUGGUAGACCUUGGUUCCAAGACGCUGACCGGGCUCUUCAGAGCCUGGGUGCGGGCAGGCUUGGGGGGCCGCCAUGUGGUCUUCAGCGGCCUGGUGGGCCUAGAGCCGGCCACCCUGGCUCGCAGCCUCCCCCGGCUGCUGGUACAGGCCCUACAGGCCUUCCGCUUGGCUGCCCUGGCAGAAGGGGAGCCUGAGGAACCCCAGAUGGCUGUGGGGCAGGGGCCAGGACUGGAGAGGAAGGGGCACCACCCCCUCAGUCCUCAGAUCCCUGCGGCCAGGCAGCCAUGAGCCAUGUCUGAAUCCCCCGCCCCUGGUAAGGACCUACUGCUUCCAUGGGCUGAGAGGGGUUCAGGGAACAUAAUGACAAACUGUCACUGCCACAGUGGGCUGGGUAUAUGUGGGUAGGGUGGGGUGGGGGUCCUGGGCCCCAUGUGUCUUCCCAGGUUUGAGAUCAGAGAAUCACAGCUGCUUUAAUAAAUGUUAUUUAUAAUCCACGGAAA